AUGAAGAUACUGGACGCUGAGUCUCGUGUCGGUCGGAUACUGCACGACCUCAUGCGUGUGCUGGAACAAGACCACCAGGAAUGGGUGCUAACUCAGGAGCCCAAAGUUGUGGUCGAAGUCAUGGCGAAGGCUGUCAAGCCAGAAGCCCUCAAGACGGCUGUGCAAAAGCAGUUACAACUCCAGCGCAACAAGGGGUUGAAAAACGAUGUUUUUCGUGUUGUGAACUGGCUGCGCCAUUUUGCUGUGGGUUUCCAACUCUACGUAGGCGUUGAGGAACUGCCAGCUCCGGCGGCCCCUCUGAAAGGCCAUAAUCCGAAGGGUGACUCGAAGAAUGGCGCCCGCAGCGGUGGUGGCCGCGGUGGCAGCGGGGUCGGCGGUAAAACGGAUGACAAAGGUAUCUCCCCGGCGAAAAUGGACGAUGGCAACCAUCGCGUCGCGGAGUAUCCAAAGGUGGUGCCUGGCGAGGCGGAUCGUCUACUCGAAGCGCAACUCAAGAAGUGGCGUGACGGGAUUUCUGUCCUGGGCGACAAGUCCACUCUUCUGCCGACCAAUCGUGGCGCUACGGUAGAAGCGCUCGUUCGGGUUGAAAACGUCCUGUUGGACACGGGUGCCGACGUAAACGUUGUUACGCGCGGCGUCGUUGACGUGUUGGCUGUGAAGGGCGCAGGCGUGACGGUAGAGCUGCUGUGGAUGAAGCGAAGCGCCAAAUUUGGUGCGGUCGUGCUGGGGACGACGUGCGGACCGUUGACGUUACGUGGUCUCCACUGCUGGAUUGAUGACACGUCGCCGGAGAUCGACCUGAUCAUUAGUCGCCCUGUUAUGGAAUUGCUCGGAUUCUCCGUGGACGCUUUGCUCGUCGGAGCACGACAGAAGGACACUGAGUGGGAUCGUAUGACGACGUCAGGACUCGGCGCCGACGAGCCGGUGCUCGCUGACGGCGACGGCAUGGAGUGCGCCACGCCAGAAGUCGCGGCCGUUACCAACGAAGAACAGCGCAAAAAGAUGCGGUGCUGA